UGCAUGCAAGAAUGUGACCAUGAAGAGAUGGGUAUAGCACCAUCACGAGAGGAGGCUUCAAAUUCAGAGCAAAUUCAACAAGACAAGUCCAGAGAAGUCCAAGUGAAGGGAUCACGAGAGGAGGCUUCAAAUUCAGAGCAAAUUAAACAAGAUAAGUUCAGAGAAGUCCAAGUGAAGGAGAAAUCAACAGAAACACAGCCUAGUGCCACUGCCAACAAAGCCAAGGCAGUGGAGAAUAUUGGAGCAGCACCACUUGCACUUGCACAUAACUGCGAAGCCAUAUUGAAAGAUGCAGGCUCACCAGUUGACAACUCCUCCAAGGAGAGGCUGUAUGAACAGCUCUAUGCUGGAGUACUCUUAAACCAAAAUACAAAGAAGUAUUGGAUUGACAAGAAAUCCAACAACGCCUUCUUCUUGUAUGCAAGGAAUCUGUCAAUUACUUGGGCUACAGACACCCGUUACUGGCACUGGCCACGUCUUAAAGAAACGAGUGAUGUGUUGGUUGAUGUCGCCGAACUAUUAAACGUGUGUUGGCUAGAAGUCGGUGGAAAGUUUGAGACAAAGAAGCUCUCACCAGGAAUCUUAUAUGAAGUAGCAUUUGAGAUAAUGUUGAAAGAUCCAGCUUAUGGAUGGGAAGUUCCAGUGAAUUUCAGACUUACACUACCAAAUGGAAACAGGCAAGAACACAAAGAAAAUUUGAUGAAAAAGCCAAGAGGGGAAUGGAUAGAGAUCCCCGUAGGUGAGUUUGUAACAUCACCAGAAAAUACUGGAGAGAUAGAAUUCUCAAUUUAUGAAUAUGAAGGUGGGCAAUGGAAGAGGGGGCUUGUCAUCAAAGGUGUUGCCAUUCGGCCCAAGUAUUAGGUUCUAGAAUAGUCAACAACAUACGUGUUGGGAGAUACUGUUCUCUGGAUAUCAACGUGAAAGCAGGAAAUUAGCUAAAACAAAAAAUAAAUGUGAGGGCAAGAAGCAAGGUUACAAUAUGUAAUGAAUAACCCAAAAGAUAUUAAUGGAAGAAAUGCUUCACCUUUCAGUAUAAUACUCAAA